UAUGCCGCAUGUACUCGCAGCUGAGUCUAUUCCUAUCGGAAGUCCGGCAGGGCGCGGUCGGACUUGUAUUUGCUAGAGGUUAAGGAUCGGAGGCUGCUGCUCCUCCCGUACCUUCACACAACGUGGACCUCCUCUCCAGUCACAAACACUAGGACUGCUUCAAAGGACCUCGCCGCUGUGCCCAUGGCCAGCGGCAACAGUUACAAUGUCUUGGGCGUCGUUACGGGGGUGCUAGGCGUCUUUGGACUUGUUCCGGCGUCCUACAUGCUCGCAAAGAGCCAACUACCGAUGGCAAAAGCCAAAGACCUGGAGAUCCUCCUGUCUGAAACAACUGAACUGCUGCGUUCAGUAGCUGAGGAGGGGCUCCUCAGCAGCCCCGAAUUCAUCGACGGUACUAGGCGGACUCUCGCUAGGAUUCAGUCUCGAUCCAAUGAGCUUAGGCUCAGCGCUUACAGCGCUACAUCCACAGUGCAGCAGGCCAAAGGUCUCUUCUGUGGAUUGUCAUACGCACUCCACCGCCUUGGUAACGAGGUGAAGCAAGUACGUGCGAUGAUUUCGAAUCGAUGCAAUCACGUUGAACACAGGCGGCGUGGAGUCUUCGAGGCCAGCCUACCCCUCACUCCCAUAACGGAAUCAUCGUCUGGCGCGGACGAGCACGCCGUCUACGAUCGCGCGGACAAUCGCGCCGUCGAUGAUGAUCGCAGUCUCAGCAAUUGAGGAGAGUCGAGGAGACUCGGAACUAUCAAUUGGAGUGGUGACGCUCCCGUAC